AUGGGUCUCGGCAGCUACUUCAAGGCCGAGCCUGCGCCUCCACUGCCGGCUGAUCCUCCUCCUAGGAGACCCAGCCAUCGUCCCUCAAUUUCUCUACACCCUCCCAACGAUGAAAAGGCUCCUCCGGCCGCCGUGAUGGAGCUUCAGCCUCCCGGACCCAAGUUUACAGCGGGCCCUCCUUCAAUAGCAGUCUCCAGCAAGUCGAGUGCCAGUGGCUUUCUUGAUGAUAUUAAGCACGAGGUCAUGGUGAACUACUUGUACCAACAGCAGUGUUCCAUGCUUUGGGUUGGAGAUGGCUCCGGUGAAAUCGAAGGCGUGCUAUUGCGCAAAUCUCGCGGCCAGUACAUGGCCUGCCCUCCACAGCUGGGACAAUCGCCCUUCGCCGUCGCCUGCACCGCGCUCAACGUCCAGUGUGCCAUGACGGUCAACUCUCGAGUUAUCAAGACUUUUCUGCAGUGGUCGCCUGAUGCAGUUGAUAUGCCCCUGAUGAACGGUCUUCGUGUUCAGAUUCUGCCUACGGUUAAUGACCUUCCUCGAGCACGCAAGCAUCAGUUCGCCGCCUUCAUUGCUUCGGAUGGCUUGCUUGUCGUAUGGGACGAUGACGCUUUGAACUUGAUGGCUCGCGCAAAGAUUAUCGAGUCAGAGCUCAUGGAGCUCGUGUGGAACUCGGGUCAAGCAAUGGAUGAAGAAGAAGGUGAAGGUGAUGAAGACGCCGAGUACGAGAUUGACGAGGAGAGUGGAGAGAUCAAGCCUGAGGCGCGGCCAGUUCACCUGCAGAACUCGGUGCUUGUCUCGCUUACCCUCCUACUCGUCGUGGCGUCUCUGGGAGCGGCUUGGAGACAGAUUGCUAUUGAGAUUGCCAUUGACGGCAGUUACGUGCGUCUUGGACUCGUCGCUCUCUUUCCCAUUCAGGUCUUCUUCUCCCUCUUCUUUGCUCAGGUCAUCGUUGGUUGUUUGGCACAGAUCUUUGGCCCCAUCCGCCAACUGACCAUCAACUCCAAGUUCUACUCAGCGCGCCCUCCCCGAAGACUCCAAUCUGCCGUCCUGCCUCACAUAACUAUCCAGUGCCCUGUCUACAAGGAGGGUCUGAAUGCUGUUAUUCUUCCCACGGUCAAGUCCAUCAAGCAGGCCAUGUCAACCUACGAGCUUCAGGGUGGUUCUGCCAACAUGUUUAUCAACGAUGAUGGUCUUCAGCUCAUCAGCGAAGAGGAGCGCGAUGCCCGUAUCGAGUUCUAUGCCGACAACAGCAUUGGCUGGGUCGCACGUCCCAAGCACGGUGAAGACGGCUUUGUGCGCAAGGGCAAGUUCAAGAAGGCUUCAAACAUGAACUUUGGCCUCAUGAUCUCGUGCAAGGUUGAGGAGCGUCUGCAGCUCAUCAAGCGUCCUGCCGACUGGAGCCAGAGCGAUGAGGCCCUCGCCUACGAGCAGGCUCUCAAGGAGGUCCUUGAGGAGAACGGUCGCGCUUGGGCCGAUGGCAACAUUCGCGUGGGUGACUACAUUCUCCUGAUCGACUCGGACACGCGUGUUCCCACGGAUUGUAUCCUCGACUCUGUCUCUGAGAUGGAGCAGUCCCCCGAUGUCGGCAUCAUGCAGUUCUCCUCCGGUGUCAUGCAGGUUGUUCACACCUACUUCGAGAACGGCAUCACUUUCUUCACGGAUCUCAUCUACACUGCUAUUCGUUACACGGUUUCCAAUGGCGAUGUUGCUCCCUUUGUCGGCCACAACGCUAUCCUUCGCUGGUCUGCCAUUCAACAGGUUUCCUACCAGGAUGAGGAUGGCUACGAUAAGUUCUGGUCUGAGAGUCACGUCUCGGAAGAUUUCGACAUGUCCCUCCGUCUCCAGUGCAAUGGUUACAUCAUUCGUCUCGCUGCCUGGGCUGGCGAUGGCUUCAAGGAGGGUGUGUCCCUGACUGUGUACGAUGAGUUGGCUCGAUGGGAAAAGUACGCUUUUGGUUGCAACGAGCUUCUCUUCAACCCCAUCCGUACCUGGUUAUGGCGAGGUCCUUUCACUCCUCUCUUCCGCCGCUUCAUAUUCUCCAACAUUCGCUUCACCUCCAAGAUCACCAUCGUGUCGUACAUUGGCACUUACUAUGCCAUCGGUGCUGCUUGGAUCAUGACAACAGCCAACUACUUCCUGAUGGGCUGGUAUAACGGUUACCUCGACAAGUACUACCUCGACUCGUGGCAGGUGUGGUUCUCCAUCAUCAUCGUCUUCAACGGGCUUGGUAACUUGUCUCUUGCCAUCAUGCGAUAUCGAUCUGGUGAGCGUACUAUAGGAUACGCUCUCUGGGAGAACUUCAAGUGGACUCUCAUGCUGGCCCUGUUCCUCGGUGGCCUGUCUCUGCACGUCAGCCAGGCUCUACUGGCGCACAUGUUCGAGAUCGACAUGAGUUGGGGUUCCACUUCCAAGGAAGCCGAGUUUUCCAACUUCUUCAUUGAGGUGCCCAAGGUGUUGAAGAAGUUCCGUGUUUCCAUGCUUCUGUCUCUCUUGGCCAUCAUUGGUGUCAUUAUUCUUGCUACUGCAGACUUUGUCCCCCAUGACUGGCGCAUCACCGACUUUGUCGCCAUCUUGCCCAUGGUCACUGUGGCCGGAAGUCAUCUUCUGCUGCCCCUUGCCCUCAACCCUGCCCUGAUGACCUUCUCGUGGUGA